UAGAAGGGAGACCCUCUCUCUCUUUCCUUCCCGGCCCACGCACGCCCUGGGAAUGUCUCCGUGGUCUCACCGGAACAGCUCUCUGGCCUCGUGGCCUGCUGACCCCACCCCGACGCCCAAUACUGCCAACGCGAGUGGGCUGCCAGGGGUGCCGUGGGCGGUGGCCUUGGCGGGGGCGCUGUUGGCGCUGGAGGUGCUGGUCACCGUGGGAGGCAACCUGCUGGUAAUCGUGGCCAUCGCUCGGACGCCGAGACUCCAGACCAUGACCAAUGUGUUCGUGACUUCGCUGGCCACAGCAGACCUGGUGGUGGGACUGCUGGUAGUGCCGCCGGGGGCCACCUUGGCCCUGACCGGCCACUGGCCCCUGGGAGCCACUGGUUGCGAGCUGUGGACGUCAGUGGACGUGCUGUGUGUGACAGCCAGCAUCGAAACCCUGUGCGCCCUAGCCGUGGACCGUUACCUGGCAGUGACCAACCCGCUGCGCUACGGUGCGCUGGUCACCAAACGGCGCGCCCGGGCAGCGGUGGUGCUGGUGUGGGUCGUGUCCGCCGCAGUGUCGUUUGCCCCCAUCAUGAGCAAAUGGUGGCGCGUGGGAGCCGACGCCGAGGCACAGCGUUGCCACUCCAAUCCCCACUGCUGCGCGUUCGCCUCCAACAUACCCUACGCGCUGCUCUCCUCCUCCGUCUCCUUCUACCUCCCGCUUCUGGUGAUGCUCUUCGUCUACGCGCGCGUUUUCCUCGUGGCUACGCGCCAACUGCGCCUGCUGCGCGGGGAGCUGGGCCGCUUCCCGCCCGAGGAGUCUCCGCCGACUGCGUCGCGCUUUGUGUCCCCCGCCCCGGCUGGGCCGUACGCUUCGCCCGCAGGGGUGCCCUCUUACGGUCGGCGGCCCGCGCGCCUUCUGCCUCUCCGGGAACACCGGGCCCUGCGCACCUUGGGUCUCAUCAUGGGUACCUUCACUCUCUGCUGGUUGCCCUUCUUUGUGGCCAACGUGAUGCGCGCUCUCGGGGGCCCCUCUCUGGUUCCCAGCCCGGUUUUCCUGGCCCUUAACUGGCUAGGCUAUGCCAACUCCGCCUUCAACCCGCUCAUCUACUGCCGCAGCCCCGACUUUCGCAGCGCCUUCCGCCGUCUCCUGUGCCGCUGCCAGCGUGAGGAGCACCAGGCCGCCUCCUCCCCGCCUGGCCACCCAUCGGGCGCCCCUGCCGCACUGGCCAGCCCCGCGGAGUCCAGGCAGUGCCCACCGCUCAACGGGUAGGGACACACGUCAUUGGAUUUGGAGCCUAUCCUAAUCCAGGAUAACAUCAUCUCAAGACCCUUAAUUGUAUCUGCAAAGAACCUUAAUCCAAAUAAGGCCACAUUCUGAGAUUCCAGGUUAACAUAUAUUUGGGGACUACCAUUUGACCCAAUAUAGUGAGAGACACUUGUAAAUCCUUUAACUGAGAGUUCUGGUCUUGAAGAUUAUCAUCCACUCUAGUCACCCCUCAGGAAAGGGCUGUUCUCUCCAGAAGCUCUUAGACUCUGUGGGAGGCAGAAUUCUGAGAGCUCCCAAAGACUCCUGUCCUUGUCUAAUUCCCUCUGCUUAAAUGCGGGUGGGACCUAUAAUUUGCUUCUAAGAAAUAAUAAUAUGGCAAAGGUGAUGGGAUAUCACUCCUGUGAUUAGGUUGUAUUACAUGGUAGAGGUGAAAGGACUUUAAAGAUGUAAUUAAGGUCUUUAAUCAAUUGAUUUAGGUUAAUUAAAAGGCAGAUUAUCCAGGGUGGGCCUGACCUAAUCAGGCAAGCCCUUUAAAAGAAGGUCAGCGGUCAGAGAUGGAAGACAUCAGAAAGAUACUCUGGCUGUCCUCGAGGAAGCUAGCCACCUGAGUUCCACAAGCGCAAGGAAGUGGAUCCUGCCAACAACCACGUGAAUUGGAAGAGGACACUGAGCAUCAGAGGAGACUGUGGCCCUGGCUGACAUCUUCACUAUAGCCCCGUGAGACCCUGAAUGGAAGAUCCAGCUCCCCCAUACACAGACUCUUGAGACAUGGAAGC